GAAACACCAAAUCGAAAAUGCAAACCUAUCAAUUUGUGGCCAUUCUUGGCAUUUCUCUAAUGCUGAUUGUCCAGCCGAUCAGUGCUGGAACGAUUGACCUUAGUUUCGGUGGCCUUAUGAGUGAUGUGGCUCAGGUGGCUGUGGCUGGGGAAAAGGUCAUUCAUCAGUUGGAGAAUCAAGUGAGCGCUUCGCAAGUUGACACAGUCGUUGAGCCUUCAACUCAGAAUCUACUUGGCGAUAUGGCCAAUGCUUUGGGCGAUUUGGCUAAUGCCAUAACUAGCAUCAAGUUGGUUAAUGCCGAAUACAUGGAACCUGAGACUCAAAAUCUCCUAAGUGAUAUGGCUAAUGGUUUGGGAGAUCUAGCUAAUAUCAUUACUAGCAUUAAGCUUGAGGAUGACUAUGUCGAGCCCCAGCCUCGCAAUCUUCUAGGUGAUGCCAUGGGUGAUAUGGCUGAUGCCUUGGGUGAUUUGGCUAACACCAUUACCAAUCUGAAUGUUGAGCUUAAAGCAGAGCCCGAGGCACGCAGCGUUUCAUCUGGCUCCUCGAUUAUAGCUGAGGGUGGUGCUGUUAGUGCCAAGACCAUUGCCGCUGCUGCCAAAGCUGCUGCUCCUUAUGUCUCCAAAGUGAAUGAAGCUCUCGGAGAUUUGGCUAACACCAUAACCAGUUUGAAUGUUAAAGUGGAGCCUCAAUCUGCUAGUCUAGAUACUGCUGGCUCUUCCAUCAUUGCUGAGGGUGGUGCCAUCAGUGCCAAGACAAUUGCUGCCGCUGCUGAUGCUGCUGCUCCCUACAUCAAGCAAUUGAAUGCUGGUCUGGGUGAUCUGGCCAAUGCCAUUACCAAUCUGUAAAUUCAAAAAAAAUAUAAUCAAACUGUUUAUUCCACAAUAAAGAAAUUCAUCAACUUUUAAA